CUCUCUGCCCUAAUGUCAUAAAUCAGCGGCACUUGAGAACUCUGCAUUACCUCUUCUACAAGAGGUUCGUUGAGAAAACCAUGACUCAGGAGAACUGGACAGAUCACGUUCAGAGCACAGUUGGAGAGAAUCGAUGGCUUCAAGGGCACCUGAUACAGUUGCUCAUCAGUUACUGUGAUUUGAACACGGCGGCAAGGUGGGCACAACGCUGCAACUUGCCCAAGGAGAUGCUGCCUUAUGGAGUGGCUGAUGAGCUUCAGAAGCUUCAGAUCCAAGAGAGGGUAGAAGAGGCGGUGAAAGCAGACGAUUAUGAAGAGAGUAAGAAGGACUAUUACCAGCUUCCUAUUCCACGGGCAAAUAUUCACUUCCUGCAGACAUGGGAAGAGACACUGCAGUGCUGGGAAAAGGUGCUGCAGCCGGGACAGGUUGUUGGCAUUGACAUGGAGUGGCGGCCUUCGUUCGGCAUGGUCGGGAAGCCCCGUGUCUCCCUCCUUCAAAUCGCCCUGCAGGAUGAGGUGUUCCUGCUUGACUUGCCACGGCUGCUCGAGCAAGCCGAGACGGAGGCUGAGAAGGAGAAGCUUCCCCAUUUCAUCCAGAUGCUCUAUUCGGAUGCAGCCAUCACUAAGCUGGGUUAUGGGAUGUCUGGAGACCUUAGCAGCCUUGCAGCCACGUGGUCUGCUUUGAAAGACAUGGAUAAGCAAGCACGAGGUGUGAUCGACCUACUCAAAGUAGACAAAAAACUGCAGAAGAGCUCCAUUGACUGGAAGAAGGGUGGCCGGAAGGUCGAUGUACUGUCCCCGGAGCAAAGCUAUGAGGAUAGAGGGUUCAGGCAGCCGGAGAAAGGACUCAGCCUCUUGGUGCAACAUGUGCUGGGGAAACCUCUAGAUAAAACAGAGCAGCUGUCUAACUGGGAGAAACGGCCUCUCCGGGAGGAGCAGAUCCUCUAUGCAGCUUCAGAUGCGUACUGUUUGCUGGAGAUCUACGAGAAACUCCGUAAGGAUCCAGCGAGCUUCGGUCUGAGUUCAGACCUGACCGAGAGUCUGGUGGGAAAACCAAGCGUAAAACCCAGGGCAAAGAAGCAGCUGAAUAAACAAGAAGUACCGUCACCUUCUGGACAGCAAUGCAAAGGACCCAAAAAGGAGACCUCGUGUUCCCCUGCACCCAUCUCCCCAAAGGAGUUCAGCGUGGUCUGCGAUAACAUGCUGCAAGGCCUCGGGCGCUAUCUGCGCUGCCUUGGCGUAGAUGUCCGGAUGCUGGAGAAUGAGGAUGACCAUAGGAAAGCUGCUGAGAUUGCCCGACAGGAAGGAAGAGUCAUUUUAACCUCUGGACUCCCGUACCAGACUCUGCAGUCCCAGGUUGCAGAAGGAAGGUGCUUCUCUGUGAACUGCUCAGAAAAGGCGAGAGAACAGGCCCUGCAGGUUCUGAAGCACUUCAACGUUCAAGUGUCCCUGGCAGAUAUCUUCAGCCGCUGCCAG